AUGGCGCUCGCCGGGUGCCUGCUGCUGCCGCUGCUGCUGCUUGGGGCGCGGCCUGUGUCCUCGGUGACGGUAGAGACAGAUCACCUGGUUCUGUCCCAUAAGGGGAUCGGGGACACCUGUGAAGAAAACCGGGAAUGCCAGACCGAUUGCUGCGUCACCAACAGCCUGAACCCCCAGAAGUUCUGCACGUCCCAGACCAUCUUCCUGCAGUGCCUGUCCUGGCGGAAGCCCAACGGCUACUCGUGCACCGACAAGAAGGAGUGCAAGAGCAACUGCUGCGUCACCAACAACUACAACCCCUCCAAGUUCUGCACGCCCCGCACCAUCUUCUCCCAGUGCCUGCAGUGGCUCAAGCCCAACCACGACCACUGCAUGCACCACAAGGAGUGCCGCAGCCUGUGCUGCAUCCGCCUGACCGAGGCCAGCCCCCCGCGCUGCGUGCCCCGCAACGGGCUCCUGGCGCACUGCCUGCCCCCGGUGAGUGCCAUGACGCGCACAGGAUCUGUGUGUGGUGGCCCGGACUCGCCGACUGCCCCUCAGCAGGAGCCCCCCGGCCACGCGACCGCCUUCUGGGGCCUGCAGCUCAGUGACUCCACCAAUAAACCACUGAUGCAGCUCAAGUGGGUGUUGUCAUGUCCGUGUUCUUCCAACAAUAAAGGCAAAGAAGAGCCGUAG